AUGUGCAGCCUGCCAGCUGGAUCAAUGAAGCUGAAUUGCGAAGUCAUUCGGACUUACGGUAGGUGUCAUGUAGACCGCAUUAACUUUUCAGAUGAUUUCAAAAAGGCCCGCGAACAUGAGAGGAAGUUCCAGUACACAUCGGAUCUGGAGACUUCGGAUGUAACCAUUGAGAUGGGUGGUAACCAUCCUCGUCGAAAGAAUACCAGAGAACGAAGCCCCUCCUUCUCCAUCAGUCCAUCACCGAAAAAACCAAGGUUGAUGGUGCCACAAUCCCCGCCUUACCCCAGCUUCUCGCAGGCGACACCCCGUGCCUUGUUCUACUCAACUCCACAGCGCAUACCCCAGCAUCACGCAGCCGUCCCGUCCACAUCCAACCAGCCCGUAUAUAUGAUGCCGCACACGGUGCACCGUCUGCCACAGUACUCUUUAAACACCGCUCCGGAGAUCCCUAUGUUUCCCGUUUUAUCCCCACCAUCUGCCCCUUUCUUCCAAACCCCAGGAAUCGCAGCACUGCUCCAGCAGAACGAACAGCUGCAUCGAAAAAUGGACGCAAUGGCGGAAGAUCUUCGAUACCUGAAAAUCCGCAUUGACAACUCCUUCUUACAAGUCCAUAGUUCUUUUGGAGCUACCGGCUUUACUUUUCCCCUCCGGAGCUUUAAAGCUCUGGUGGACGUCGAAAGCUCGGAAGAUGGAUAA